GUAAACAUGGAUGUCUGCAGUGUCCUUCGCACUGGCUGCGCGCAUAUGUUUAGAGGCGCUGGCGCGCGAGACGAGUUUGUUGCACAUGUCUGCAAACUCUGGCCGUUUGGCGACCUUGCUCCGAUAGAUGCUGGAGUUGUCACUAGGCAAUGCACUGCGGCAGGAUGCCGCGGAACACUGCGCACCUUUGUUGUGGCGGAUGUGCCUGCUGGCGUGCGUUGGUGCGCCGAGCACAACGCGCACAGUAAUGUGUCUUGCUUGGAGGUCAACAGCAAGCGUGACAGGGCCUGUGUCGCAGCCACGAUGCAGAUGGCGGAGGCUGCUGGGGCGAGCAGCGACGCUGGCGUUCUGUGCGGCAUCCGCAGGUUGCCGCACGCUGUGGACAAGGCUGUGGUCGGCAUUGACAUUGAGCAUGGCGAUGUGACAGAGCUGCUGCUGUCGUGUGCUCGCAAUCCGCCGCUCAGGGAGUGGCAGGUUGAGUUCCAUCGGCGGGAGGCGGCUAUGAAGCUGCUUGUCAGGCACGGCGCGGCUGUGAGCCCUAAUGUGCUGGUGUUUGCGGUGGGGGAGGACACCUUGGAGCAGCAGCAGGCAGCUUUUGGCGCGAGGCAGCAGCACAUGACAUGGGAUGGCGAGUUGUUAGAAAUGCUGGAUGCGCUUCACAACGUCACGGGGAGGGAGUUGGUGGUGAUGCUGAACUCGGCAUCUGGGAGCGCUAUGCCCGCAGCAAGCGCUUCAGCAGGGGCAGCAGCUUCAGGGUCGGGCAUUUCAGGGGCCCGUGGGGUGUUUGCAGGACGCGAACAGUGUGUGGCGGCGGUGGUGCUGCAGUGUGUGGACCCAGCUGUCAUCUGCCGGCUGCGUGAGCUGUACGAGCUUGCGUCGCUGAUGAGGGGGAUGUUCUCCACAGUGGUGCGGCACCAAGGGGAGGGGCAGCAUGUGGUCAGUAUGGCGGGAAACGCCCUCAUUCUUACAGAUCAGAAGGCGAUCGCGCCUGGGUACGCAUGUCAAGUGCUUCAGCGCACAACAGCACGGCUGUCCCCCACGGCGGCGGACAAGGCGCUGAGGGAGCUUUGUGAGGAGGUCUGGGGCUGGGCAGUGCAGCGGUUGCCGUUGCUGGCAAAGUACAGGCAGGAGUUCCUGACGGAGCUGGGGCAGGGCAUGUGCUUGGGGGCCUGUGCUGCGUCGCAUGUCGCCAUGACGGACAAUGCAUCGGUGGAGCUCCAUCUGGAUGGCAAUGAUGGACCCUUGUCCUUAAUUCUGUGGUUGCAUGGUGGCAGCGGGCAGCUGCGGGGCGGGUCCUUUUGCAUGCCGGGCUUAGGGGUGCGCCUGGUUCCCUUGGACUGCACAAUGGUGGUCCUGUGCACCAGUCGUGUCUGGCAUGGCACUGCUCCCCUGGCGGCAUCGAGCAGGGGGGGCAGCAGCCAUAGCAGUGCCAAUAGCAGCAGCAGGCCUCCCAUUCGGGUUGGUUCGUCACACUUCAUCCGGGUGCCGGAUGUCACCCAGCUGCUGUACAUUGAGGCAGCAGCUGGUGGCAGGCAGGCCAUGGAGGAGCGCCAGGCGCAGGUCCUGAGGGAUGUUGCAGCGGCAAAGCAGCAGCUGGCGGAAUAUAGUCGGUGGGAGGAGGAACAUGCCGCAUGGGCGGUGGGCGCGGGUGGCAGCAAGCGGUGUAGAGGAUCUGGGGGCCAGAACAGGGUUGCAGCAUCUGCAUUGCCUCCUCCUGCACCACACACCCCACCAGCCCUGAAGGCGGUCCUGCGGGAGAUCAAAGCCCAGCGGGAUGCCAUGCUUCAAAUGGGCAAGGCGCAAGGUGUAGAGGGGUUCCGGCUGGACACUGUGAGGCGGGGCUUUUUUGGGUGGUUGCCCGCUGAUGUUAGCAAGCGUGGAGCCCGCAAGGCGGCCAAGAGGGCCGCCCGAGAGGGAGCAGCACCGGCAGAAGGGGAGUAGCACUAGAGGGUUGGGGUGGAGGAAAUUGGGUAUGCCUGCAGUGAUGUGUUGCUGGCUUGGACUAGGGGUGGCUGCGGGCUGUUGUGAUGUUCUGUAGUAUCAAACAGCGUUUCUGAUGCUGUUCGAGACGUGUUGUUAACAUGACAUCUCUGCUGAAAUUUGCUUUGCAGAUAUUUACAGCUGAAUACGUUAUCAUUUAUUCGUUGCAAACCCUCUGAUCUCUGCGGUACUUGUAGCAUGGCGUUGCUUGGCAUUGGGGUUGGUUCCAUUUUGUAGUGUUCGACACUCUAAUAAGGCUGCGUGUAUAUUUACACGUGUCCUAACAGAAACGGGUGUCUUAUUACACCACCAUUUUAAGGACUUCUACUACAUGGUAGGAGGGUGGGCGCUGACACAUUUAGCGGCAUGUGCAGCAGGUGCUUGAAGGAAGCAGUAGUUGGAGGGGCGCGUGCAUGCUGGGCAAGUGAUGGGUGCUUGGAUUUGUGUUG